AUGUUAAAUGCAAAGGAUCCUAUGCAUUUCAUCGUCGGCACCGACGUCGGGUUCUUGAUGACCAUCUCGAGAAGCAAAUGGGGGAAUUAUGCGGGGCCGCGACUGUAUAAGAGCAAUAUGAAUGUAUUUGGCGAAGUUCUUUGUCUAAAGCCUUCACCUUUUGAUGAAGAUGUCUUUGUGGCUGGUCUUUCUUCUGGUUCCAUCUCUGUACACCGCACGAAUCAUUCGGCUCCGUUGGUAAUUUUGGUACCACCUGCAGAAGCGCGAAGGCGUGUGGUAGCCAUUGAAUGGAGCCCUAGCUACCCGUCAAUACUAUACUCGAUCCAUUCGCCAGAUCGGGUGGUGACUUGGGAUCUCGGAAAGGGACAGCAACCAUUAAAUGUUUCAAAGCUGUUUAUCCCUUAUGGAACUUCGAUUCUCUGUACCCAUACUUGGUUUGCAAAGCCAAGGACAGACUCUACCGGAAUUAGUUAUAUGGCUAUUGGUAUUUCGGAUGGUCAAGUGCAACUUCACGCCCUCGAGGCCGUCCAUCCGAUCGUCGAUUCCAGCAUUACGAGCAUUAUUAAGAUUUUGAAGAAAGCCGUUCCCGUAAUAGGGUUUCCGGCCGAAGCAGUCCCGAUGCGCGGCAGCGGCAUCGUGCCAACGCCGCGCGGCUGCCUCAUCUGGUUUUUAUUUUUCCAGCUGGCAGCAGGGCUCGAAAAAAUCGAAGAAUUACAACGAUACGAUGGAUGGUUUAACAACCUUGCCAACCCGGAUUGGGGCACAGUUGGUAGUCGUCUCCACCGAGACGCUCCAUCAAACUACGAAGAUGGUGUCUAUAUGAUGGAUUCAUCGCUCCCAUCAGCAAGAGCCAUUUCUGAACUUUUAUUCAAAGGACCCGCUGGCAUCCCGAGUCAAAGAAACGUCACCACGAUGCUUACAUUCUUCAGCCAGGUCGUCGCAUACGAAAUUAUGCAUUCAACCCAAACCGGUUGCCCACUCGAAAUCACGAAAAUCAAGGUUCCACGCUGCGACCCAGUUUUUGACAAAAGCUGCGAAGGCAAAACGGAGAUCCCAUUCACGCGAGCGAAAUACGAUAAGCAAACCGGACUCGGGUUUAACUCGCCACGAGAACAGACAAACGAACGAACGUCAUGGAUCGAUGCUUCAUUAUUAUAUUCCACUCAAGAACCCUGGGUUGCCGCCUUAAGGUCCUGGAAAAAUGGGCGAUUGUCAGAAGGAGAUAUGAAGGGUUAUCCUCCACUCAACAACCCUCAUAUCCCAAUCAACAACCCUCCGCCACCACAAAUCCAUCGGCUGAUGAAUCCUGAGCGAUUGUUUAUAUUGGGUGAUGCACGUAUUAAUGAGAACCCAGGACUACUCUCAUUUGGGUUGAUUCUAUUCAGAUGGCACAACCAUUGGGCCGAUGAAAUCCAACGUAAUCAUCCCGAUUGGAAAGAUGAGGAUGUUUUUCAAGCGGCUCGACGAUGGGUAGUGGCCACAUUGCAGAAAAUCGUGAUGUACGAUUUUGUACCAGCGCUGCUAGCCGAUGAAGCCGCCGUUCCACCGUAUCGUGCUUACCAGCCGCAUGUACCGCCAGGCAUCUCACACGCGUUUGCCACAGCUGCGUUCCGAUUCCCGCAUAGCAUUGUUCCACCGGGUAUGCUACUCAGGAAGCGUGGCUCCAAAUGUGAAUUCCGUUCUGAAGUCGGUGGAUAUCCUGCACUUCGUCUCUGCCAAAAUUGGUGGAACGCUCAAGAUAUCGUCAAGGAAUAUUCGGUUGAUGAGAUUGUGUUGGGAAUGGCCAGUCAAAUUACGGAAGCUGAGGACAAUAUUGUUGUUGAGGAUCUGCGAGAUUACAUCUUUGGUCCCAUGCAUUUCACUCGGUUGGAUGUUGUCUCAACUUCGAUAAUGAGGGGACGGGAUAACGGUGUUCCAUCAUACAAUGUAAUGAGGCGUCAGUUCGGACUGUCAGGGAAGAGCUGGGAGACGUUGGCUCCAGAAUUUUUCAGUAGUCCUGAAGGGCAAGCUCGCCUAAGAAACUUGACCAAUCUCUACGGCAACGAUAUCAAUAAACUUGACGCAUACGUGGGCGGGAUGCUGGAAACAAAUGGAACCGGUCCCGGGGAACUAUUCUCGAAAAUUAUCAUGGAUCAAUUUGUUCGGCUUCGCGAUGGUGACAGAUUCUGGUUCGAAAACCAGUUGAAUGGGAUCUUCAAUGCCGAGGAGAUACAAAGGAUCCAUUCUAUCUCCCUGCGUGACAUCAUAAAGGCCACCACAAACAUUGAUGCUAGUAUGCUCCAAGAAAAUGUAUUUUUCUGGAAGGAUGGUGAUCCGUGCCCACAGCCAUUCCAGGUUACCUAUAUUUUUACGCUGAUUGGAUUGGCAUGUGUUCCGAUUGUAUGCUUUGGAGUUGGGCAAAUACUAGUCUCCCGACGAAAGAAAAUGGGCUGGGAUUCUGCAUACGAUGGAAUGAAUGCGAACGCUGUUGAUCACCAUCCAGAUGGCGAGGUCCAUUCUUGCCCAGCGAUCGAAUGGCUGCACGAAACACACUGUCGAAGUGUGGUUGUGGUCGUCGAAAAAUCUGCGUCGCUGGUGGUAAGAAAACCCAGAGGAGGUGAAAAGAAUCGUGACCGUGUUCUACGGAGGAUCAAGUUCCCUUCAAACACAACUAUAAAAAUUCUUCUAUCCCAUCCAAAGGCUAGUUCCGUUCAUGGGCCAUUCUGCCUUAUCCAGGUCCCGAAACUCCAUGAUUUGGUCGUUCGUCUACCAUCCGAUUCUCAUAGCACCGAAUUCUUGCGUCAUUUGAAUACAUCGGUUGCAGCUAUUGGCUCUAAAGUCGAGAAGGAGCACGUCGAAAACGAGCUGUUGUUGAGUCAGGCCGAGACGAAAGACAAGAGGAAGAUGAAGCUUGAUCAUUUCUUCCGAGAAGCUUAUGCUCGUGCCUUUGAUCAACCACAACUUUCGGAUGCUACUUUGGAAUUUGAUUCUCAUGAAGCUGAUAUGUUGGCUACAAAGCUAACCCGAAGUGAAUUUGCUGAUGCAAUCGGUAUGCGAGAAAACGACCUCUUUGUACAGCGGAUGUUCGCUGUCACGGCAAAGAAACACCAAGACACCAUCACCUUCAAGGAAUUCUUGGAUGUCAUCAGGAAAUUCCAAGCUGGCGAUACGAAGCUAAAGCUCACACUUCUCUUCACAAUGUGCGACCGUAAUGGAGAUGGAUCGGUCGAGAAGGAGGAGUUCGUCGAGUUCAUCAAAUCACUGAAUGGGGUAGCCGGAGUGCGACUCGAUCCUCUCCAACUGGGCAACGUUAUCGAUGCUAUAUUUUACAAGAAUGGAAUUGCUCCUCAUCAGGAAAAACUGUUGUAUGACGAUUUCGAGAGCUUAUUCCAAGGGGAUUCGAUUCGACGCCCGGUUGGGGUUGAUUUCCGAGGCGCCAAGAUGAGGGUCAAUUUGGAUGAAACCGAAUCGUUGAACUCAUUCGCCGUUCCGCCCGGAAAUAUAGCUUGUUUGACCCAGGAUAUUUUUGGCUCGGCAUUAUCCUUUUUGGAAACCUACAGGCAGCAAAUCGUCAUCCUUUUCGCCUACUUUUCCGUGAAUGCCCUAAUUUUCUUGGAACGAUUCUGGCAUUAUCGCUACGAGGUCGAACAUCGCGAUCUGCGACGAGUGAUGGGCGCCGGGAUUGCCAUUACGCGUGGUGCAGCCGGUUGUAUAUCGUUUAAUAUGGCAUUGAUUCUGUUAACGGUUUGUCGAAAUGUGAUUACAUUGGUCCGAGAGACACCGCUUGGAGAAUAUGUACCGUUCGACUCGGCGAUUGCGUUCCACAAGAUCGUUGCGAUCACUUGCGCUGUCUGGGCCGCUACUCAUACGAUCGGACAUUGUGUCAACUUUUAUCACGUUGCAACUCAAAGCCAGGAAGGGUUACAUUGCCUAUUCCAAGAAGCUGUCUUUGGCUCUAACUUCCUUCCCACCAUCAGCUACUGGUUCUACAACACAAUUACCGGGCUAACAGGAAUUCUGCUUGUGUGCGUCAUGUCAAUCAUCUACGUAUUUGCUCUACCUUCCAUCAUGCGAAGAGCCUACCAUGCUUUCCGAUUGACACAUCUCUUGAAUUUUGCCUUCUACGCCCUGACGAUGCUUCAUGGUCUCCCGAGGCUUUUGGACUCCCCGAAAUUCUGGUACUAUGUAAUCGGGCCUAUAAUCGUAUUCGUCAUCGAUCGAAUUAUCGGAAUGAGGCAAGAAUACAAGAAGUUGCAGGUGCUGAAUGCAGCAUUAUUGCCAUCCGACAUUAUCUAUCUACAGUUCAAGCGGCCAAUGUCAUUUAAAUUCAAAUCAGGCCAAUGGGUUAGGAUUUCAUCUCCAGCCUUUUCUUGCAACUUCAACGAGCACCAUGCCUUCUCCUUGGCAUCCGCACCACAAGCACCAACGUUGGAGUUGUAUAUAAAGGCGGUCGGGCCCUGGACCUGGAAGCUUAGGGCUGAAAUCAUGAAGGCACAGGCUAAUAGUUCGCCUUAUCCAUUGAUACAUUUAACCGGACCAUAUGGCGAUGGAAAUCAGGAUUGGACGAAUUAUGAAGUAGCAGUGCUGAUUGGCGGUGGUAUCGGUGUGACACCGUAUGCCUCUACCUUAACCGACCUGGUACUAGAAACCAGUAGCGGAAAGUAUAACCUAGUCAAAUGCAAAAAGGUUUAUUUCCUCUGGAUCUGCCCGACGCAUAAGAAUUACGAAUGGUUUGUCGACGUGCUAAAGGAUGUGGAAGACCUUGACCAGGGUCGAAUCCUGGAGACCCAUAUUUUCGUCACGCAAUUCUUCCACAAGUUUGACUUGCGGACCACGAUGCUGUAUAUAUGUGAAAAGCAUUUCCGUGGCUCAAACCAGGGGAGCUCGAUGUUCACCGGGUUGCGGGCUGUCAACCAUUUUGGGAGGCCCAACUUCGAGACCUUCUUCCGGUUCUUACAAAAUAAGCACAAUGAGAUCGACGACAUCGGCGUAUUCUCAUGUGGUCCAGCUUCCGUCAACAAGCAAAUCCGAUUAGCAUGCGGACAAGCCAACCGAAUCCGCGACGCGCCAACUUUCCACCAUAGAUUCGAGACCUUC